CUCGUCGCCAUUCGGCAUUCCUGACAGAUCCUGCGGCGGUGGAAGUUAGGUGCGGGGUGCAAGGAAAAUGCCACCGGCAGGACUUCGAUGCGCGGCGCACCUCGUUAGAGUCGCGCGGCGAUGCCACGUUGCGUGCAACAUGGAAUUGGAGGAGCGUUUCAGACCGACGUGCUCGUCGUUGCAGAAGAUAAGUUUCGGCCUCGGCCACGUAUUCAACGAUUUAUGUGCCGCUAUGUGGUUCUCCUACACUUUGUUUUAUUUACAAGUUGUUUUAAGUAUUCCAUCUACGACGGCCGGAACACUUUUGAUGAUCGGUCAGGUUGUCGACUCUCUAGCAACACCGGCGGCAGGGUGGGCCAUAGAUUACACUGAUCGACGUCGAGGAUGGCAUUUUGGCGGAACUGUUGCAGUAGCCGUAGGAUUUUUCCUGAUGUUUUCACUCAAACCGACAAAUCUUACCACCUUAGUUUUAGUAUAUUACAUUUUGAGUAUAACUUUAUUUCAAGUCGGCUGGGCUAUCGUUCAGAUCUCACAUUUGUCGAUUAUUCCAAAGAUAUCGAGAAGUCACAGUCACAGUUCAGACUUGACCGCCAUUCGUUAUACCGCAUCAGUUUGCUGCAGUAUUACGGUCUAUGUUAUCACGCUGAUAAUUUUGGGCACGAACGAUACGGCAGUCAUUGGACCGAACGAUUUUUACAAAUUUAAGGAAAUAUCGCUAAUUAUUUUAUUUGUUGGAAUUUUGGCAUCGUUAUUGUUUUAUUGCGGACUUCUCGGCACGGAGGAAAACGAGUACGAAAUCAUUCGAGAAGUCGACGAUGUGAACCAUUUAAACACCAACAAUGGAAAACACUUUUUGAGGCAAUCCAUCAUAUACCUGGUAGCUUUGAUGUAUAUGACAUCGAGAUUGUUUACGAUUUUGAAUCUUAUUUAUAUACCGCUUUAUCUUGACGAACGUGGCGAAAUUGAACUCGUCGCCAAAGAGAAAAUGCUGCUGAAAUGUCGGGUGUCAUCUUGUAGCGACAAGGUAACGUACUUUUGUGGCGGACUUGUUGGUUUGUCGGCUUCAAUCUGGCUUGGCUCUGGAGUGUCCCCCAGCUCGGACGUGGAGCUGUAUUUUAUAGCGAUAUUUCUCGGUGUAAGCGGCUCGUCCACUAUGGUUGCCAGUUUAUGUUUGACUGCAAAUUUCGUAAAAGCCAACGGAUACGGGGGCGGUCUAAUAUACAGCAUUGUCACAUUUACAGACAAGUUAAUAUCCGGGGGAGUCGUUCUACUAGUUCAAAACUUACAGUGCACACCGAAAACUCUAUGCCCGCAUUAUUACGAACACGUUUUGUCCUAUAUAUGCGGCAUAGUGUCCUUAAUUGGAGUCGUAUCUCUGGCGUUGCUGCAAUGGGAAAUAAAACGCAACGUAAGGCGACACUGAGAUUAGCGAAUAUUUAUUUUGAAAACCACGUUUUUGUUUUGAAAGAAAAUAUCGGUCAGUGCUUUAAUUUCAUAUCCACAUAAACUGCCACACUGCCUUAUUGACUGAUAGAUGAUCAUUCUUGAAGUGAAGGUACUUGUCAUAGGCUGUGAGAAGCACUUGGAUACCAAACGAUAUUAAUAUUAUAUACCAUAUGGAUAUUAAUAUUUAAAUCCUAGCAUCGCACUGGUUUAAAAGCUCAUUUUCCUUAAUGUUAUUUCU